AAAUGGCAAUGUCACUGGCAAUUGGCUUGAGAAUCUUAUUCUGCGUAUUGGGAUGCGUGAUGUUAGCCACUCUCACUUACACUCUCUCCGUCGACGGAUUUCCUUUCCGUAAAGACCUUCUCACUCCCAGCUCAAGGGUCUAUUUCUGGCUGUAUAUUGGGUGGUCUUAUUUCAGAUUGCUACACAAGUUCCACAAAAUCCUCAUAGCAAACUCUGAUAUUGUUCUUAAGUGAGAGAGGGGCAGACACUGAGCCAGUCUGCCAAGCUUGCUCACGGUGGUGUUCUGUGAGUUGUGGUUCUAGCCUGAGUAUCAUGGUAGACAGACGCCGGUUCAACAUCAACACCCUUCGGUGGAUGUUGGCAACCUUAAUUGAUUUCUACAUUAAUGUCGUGGCGUUAGGGGCUUGGGUGUGUUACAAGGAAUCAAACUGGAUCAGUGCAUCACUUUGGAUAGUUCUGCUGGUAUGUUUUGGAAGCAUUACAACAUGUUUCUACAUUGUUUUGCAAUUCCUCAAGUUGUCGAUUCAUGAUGCUUUGGAAGAUCCAAUACAUUAUGUCUUAUUUCGAUAUCCUACCAAGGAUGGAGUGGCAGACAAGAGAAGGUUUUCUGUUGUAACUACAAAAAUUUUCUUCAGUGCUUUGGGUUGUUUGAUGCUGGCAACUUUAGUUUACACUCUAUUGACAGAUGGCUCUCCAUUUCGCGGAGAGCUCUUCACACCGUGGAUGACGGCAACACUUAUUGAUUUCUAUAUCAAUGUGGUGGCUCUAUCGGUUUGGGUGGCGUACAAAGAAUCAAGUUGGUUAAAUGCUGUCAUUUGGAUUGUUUUAUUGAUAUGCUUUGGCAGCAUCACAACAUGCACCUAUAUUGUCCGACAGCUAUUCCAUCUCUUAUCUCAAGAUCCUGUUUAUCUCGUUCUCCUAAAAAGCAGCAACAGGCAAGUCUAAAACAGUUGAAAGUUUUUCAGAUUUAUAUAGCAUCCAUAAGUAACAACAUUUGAGGAUGAGAAUAUGGUUUUCAAUAAGAUGGCAUGCAACUAAAUUUAAUGGUUCACUCUAUUUCAGAGUGCUUGAUUUAUCUGUAAGGUGUAGAGAAACAUGUUUGAAAGUGAAAGGGUCAUUCGGGUGUCUAUAGCUUUCAUUUCAACUUCCAAUACUCAAGUACAUUAAUACAUCCAAAAAUUCACCGA